AUGAAAAGUAACGACAUACAAAAAGCUGUAAAAAGUAAUGGGUUGGACAUAAUGANCUCUACUGAUCUCAAAGAUUUAACAUGUAUACAAGAGCGAGCAAACUUCGAUUCACUUCGUUUUGCAUUAUUAACCGUAUUUCAGAUACUAACACAAGAAGAUUGGAAUGAAGUACUUUAUAAUGGAAUGGAAAAGACAAGUCCAUGGUCAGCAUUAUAUUUUAUUGCACUUAUGAUAUUUGGCAAUUAUAUAUUAUUCAAUUUACUUGUUGCCAUUAUUGUUGAAAGUUUUUCAGAUGAAAAAGAAGAUGGUACAACAAAUAGUAAUAAUAUUACGGAUAGAUUGGACAAAGUAGAUCCAUUUAAAACACAAGAAAUUAUCACAGGUAAUAUUCAAAUACCAGAGAAUCUUGAUGAAUCGACAAGUAUUAACCUUAGUAAUGAUGAUAAGAAAAAUUAUCAACAACAAGAUACAUUAGUUGGCACUUUACUCUGUACAAAUUUUGAUUCAUCGCUUCCAUUACCAUCAACACGAUAUUUCACUGUUCAUGAAGAAAAUUUAAUUGAACAAGAAUCGAAUAGUAUAACAAAUACAUGUUUUAAUUCAACUGUUACACAUCAAUCAACAAUUGAUAAUUCAUCAUAUUCAUUUAAUCAAAAUGUAUCGACAAGUAUUAAUCAAACACCAAGAAGACAAGAAAAAAUUGAUAGACAUAUAGAUUCUAAUAGUAGUAGUACUAUGCAACUUGCUAUUCAUACUCAACUAUCGGUAAACGAUCAAAAUGAUAUGCAAUUAGAUGUGUUAAAUGAGGAUGAUACACAAUUAGAACUAACAACUCAGAAAUCAAGAGUUAUUCGAUCAUGUUUAAGUCGACUUUGUGGACAACGAAUAUUUGAAUGCUUAAAGAAGCGAGAAAACUAUUCACUUUAUCUUUUUCCACCUUCGAAUAGACUACGCAAAGUAUUUCAACGAUUAAUUAUACAAAAAUCAUUUGAUUAUUUAAUUCUUUUCUUUAUUGCUUUCAAUUGUGUUACACUCGCUAUGGAACGUCCAUCGAUUUCUCCUAUAAGUCGUGAACGAAAAUUUUUGAACUACACUAAUUAUAUAUUUACAGCGAUUUUUACUAUUGAAAUGAUGAUUAAAGUAAUUGCAAAUGGACUUAUUUUUGGAUCUAAUACUUAUUUACAUACCGGCUGGAAUGUUAUGGAUGGAUUUCUUGUAAUUAUUUCAGUUAUUGAUAUUAGUACAAUGAAUCGAGGUAGUAUUACGUUAUCCACAGAGUCGGAUACAACAUCACAUAUUAUGGGCAUGUUAAGAGUCUUUCGUUUAUUACGAGCAUUACGACCACUUCGAGUUAUCAAUCGAGCACCCGGUCUUAAACUUGUCGUUCAUGCUUUACUUUCAUCAUUGAAACCGAUCGGUCAUAUAGUUAUUAUUUGUGGUAUAUUCUUUAUCAUCUUUGGCAUUCUUGGUGUUCAGCUCUUCAAAGGUAAAUUCUACUAUUGUGAAGGUUCUCUCGCUCAUAAUGUAAAAACAAGACAACAAUGUGAAGCUAUGCCCGAUCAUCGAUGGCAAAAUCAACAAUACAAUUUUGAUCAUUUAGGCCAAGCUCUACUUACACUAUUUAUUCUUUCAUCAAAAGAUGGUUGGGUACAAAUAAUGUAUAAUGGUAUUGAUGCAGUUGAUACUGAAAUGCAACCAAUAAGGAAUUAUAGUGAAGCAAAAUUAAUUUAUUUUAUAUCAUUUAUUUUAAUUGUCAGCUUUUUUGUACUUAAUAUGUUUGUUGGUGUUGUUGUUGAAAAUUUUCAUAAGUGUCGAGCUCAACAAGAACUUGAAGAAGAAGCUCAACGUAAAGUAGAAUAUGUAAAAAAGCUUGAACGUAAACGACGUCUUAUGUGUGAAUUACCAUAUUAUGCACAUUUUUCACCAUGGCGUAAACAUUUACAUGAUCUAUGCGUUAGUAAAUAUUUUGAUUUAGUUAUUGCUGCAAUUAUUGGUGUUAAUGUUGUUACAAUGUCACUUGAAUUUUAUCCUAUGCCAUCUAACUUGGAUAAGUUUCUUGAGUAUUGUAAUUAUGUAUUUACGAUUGUAUUCUUGCUUGAAUUUAUAUGGAAAAUUGUUGCAUUUGGACCAUGGCGUUAUUUUAAAGACAGAUGGAAUCAGUUGGAUUCAUUUAUUGUACUUUUAUCAAUAGCUAGUAUUAUAAUGGAAAAAAUGUUAAGUGGACAUAUUCUUCCAAUAAAUCCUACACUUAUUCGUGUGAUUAGAGUAUUGAGAAUAGCACGAGUACUCAAACUGCUGAAGAUUGCCAAAGGUGUUCGAGCUCUAUUAGAUACUGUUAUUCAAGCUCUUCCAGAAGUUGGAAAUUUGGGUCUUCUAUUCUUUCUUCUUUUCUUUAUCUUUGCUACACUUGGGGUUGAAUUAUUCGGAAAAUUAGAAUGUAGUGAAGAACAACCAUGUAGUGGUCUUGAUAAACAUGCACAUUUUAAAAAUUUUGGUAUAGCUCUUCUUACAUUAUUUCGUGUUGCAACAGGCGAUAAUUGGAAUAGUAUUAUGAAAGAUACUUUACGUCAAGAUGAUUCACCUAAUGCUGGCAAAAACCAUUUUAUGACAAUAAUUUCACCUAUCUAUUUUGUUAUUUUCGUUCUUUUGGCUCAAUUUGUACUUCUCAAUAUUGUCGUCGCUGUACUCAUGAAAAAACUUGAAGAUUCAAAUAAGAUGAUAGGUGAUGACGCUGAAAUAUGUGAAGAAAUUGAACGACAACUUGAACUUGAUGUACACGAUGAAAAUUAUGUUGAAGAAUCAUUACUAGACGUGAACGCAGUUCAUGUAGAAGAAAAAGUAACAAUUACAAUGUUUUAA